AUGACCGAAACUCAGAAGCUGCUAUAUGAUAUGGAGCCCCGAUCUCUCAUUCCCUCCUGGACAGAUACCCCGAUUCCAAAUCUAACCCUCUCCGCAAGCGGUCUUCUCGUCCUCGCCGACCUCCGCACAAUCUCCCGCAGAACAGCUCUCACCGGCGGAGCCUCCUGGGUCGACGCCUUCGUCCUCGCUCCCGGCUUACACUACCAACAAGCAUGCGAUGACCUCGAACGCGAAGCCCCCGUUGGCUUGGUAGCUUUAGCGCUCGGCGAGAUGCAGUAUGCUGUGAAGAAUACAAUGACGGCGAGCUAUCUCAAGGGUUUGUUCAAAGAUGACGAGGAUAGCAUUACUUUGACUGUUGGGAUUGAUACGCCGUGGGAUGUUGUCAAGUUUGUUGGGAAACUUAUUAAGAAGAGAAGAAUCUCGGAUGAGGAAGAUGAUGAUGCGGAUCAUGAUGAUUGGGCUUCACUUUCGGAUGUUGACUGGUUCAGUCAUCUUCUCUACCUCGGCACACCCGUUAUCACACUUACAUCUAUAUCCUUCAUGGUCAUACUCGAAGACUGGUGGGGUCUCGCUAUUCUGCUCAUGCUGAUCAUCUCCCGCAUCCUUAACAUCUGGGCCAUAAAGCAACGCAUGACUCAUUCCGAAUCUGCGCUUGAGAGCAUCGACAUGACAGAGUACACCAUCGAUCUUGGCGGAGGACACAGCGUGCGUCUUCGUGGUCCGGAUGCAGACCUGCAAGCCAUCGUUACGCAUGCUUGGUUGCGUGCGCAGUCAGUUCUCGAAGGGUACAUUGAAGCGGUGGCUAAAUUAAUGGUAUACAUGUCUGCUGCUAUAGGAGGAAACAUGUCGCAGGCAGGUGCCAUUAUCCUCAUGGGCUUGUUGCUUGCGAGUGCUGCGUUAUUAGGGUUAAGUAAUGCACAUGCACGAGGCUUUCGUAUGCAUGGCCGUUAUGCGAUGCCUGAGAGGAAGAAGGCCAAAAUGGCAGAAGAGUCUUUCUCUACGGCACUGCAAUUUGACUCUUAUAUCGGAUAG